AGUGGGCUGUGCUGUUCACUCCCAAGGCUUUAUAAAAUUCCCUCAAACAUCCGCCUUGUGCUUCACGUUAUAAACAAAGCGACGCCUGCGCUCACUCCGCCUCUAUUUGCGCUCUUUGACGAGACAGAAAGACGAAGGUUUUGCGGACUUUUGCCCGACCUCUUUUGUUGUUGCAGGGACUGUUUCAUUCCAGGACAAUCACAAGUGAAAUCCACAGGAUCAACAGCUUUUGAAAUGGCUGACACCGUUGAGUCCAAACCUCUGCUGGAACUGCCUGGCCUGAUUGAGGCUGUACAGCAGCUUGUUAUCAAGGAACACGAUGUGGACACGCCUUAUGGAAGAGUCCACUGUACAAUGAAGGGGGUUCCCAAGGGGGACAGACCUGUCCUCCUCACCUAUCAUGACAUUGGACUGAACCACAAAACCUGCUGGGACACGCUCUUCAACCAUGAAGACAUGUCCGAGAUCAUGCAGCACUUUGCCGUGUGUCACGUUGAUGCCCCCGGGCAACAAGAGGGAGCCAACACUUUUUCCACUGGAUAUGAAUACCCUUCUAUGGACCAACUCGCUGAGACACUCCCAGUUGUGCUGAAGCACUUUGGGCUGAAGAGUGUUAUUGCGAUGGGCGUUGGUGCCGGGGCCUACAUUCUGACCAGAUUCGCUCUGGACUACUCCAACAUGGUAGAGGGUCUGAUGCUCAUCAACAUCAACCCAUGUGCCGAAGGCUGGAUGGACUGGGCUGCACACAAGAUCAGCGGAUGGACCCACGCUGAGCCUGACACCAUCAUCUCCCACCUCUUUGGAAAGGAGGAGAUCCACAACAACCAGGACCUGAUUGCAACAUACCGCCACCACAUCAUAAAUGACAUGAACCCAUUCAACCUGCAUCUCUUUGUCAAGUCCUAUGAAAGCCGAAGGGAUCUGGAAAUUGAGAGGCCGAUUCCUGGAAGCCAUGUCAGAACCCUCAAGUGCCCCUCUCUGCUGGUGGUUGGUGACAGCUCUCCUGCUGUGGAGGCUGUGGUUGAGUGCAACACCAAGCUGGACCCAACAAAGGCUACCCUGCUUAAGAUGUCUGACUGCGGUGGAAUGCCCCAGGUUGACCAGCCAGCAAAACUGACAGAAGCUUUCAAGUACUUCAUUCAGGGCAUGGGAUACAUACCAUCUGCCAGCAUGACCCGUCUGGCCCGCUCCCGCACCGCGUCCGGCUCCAGUGUCACGUCCUUCGAAGGCAGCCGCUCCCGCUCCCACACCCACGAGGGGAACCGCUCCCGCUCCCACACCAACGAGGGCCGCAACCGCAGCCACACGGCCGACAACCAGCGCGGCCAGCCCCACACGGACAGCCCCAUGGACGGCGCGGCCAACAGCAACGUGGAUCAGGGGGUCCCCAAGUCCACCGAAGUGUCCUGCUAAACGAAACCUCCACUCUCUGGACAAACAAACGUCUUAAGGUCCAUUUUCGGUUUGUGCUGCGCUGCCUCUAACUGACACACACACACUACUACGCACAUACACACGUACGUACGUACGUGGAGGACACUAAGAUUUGUGUAAACGCACAAUGAACACUCUCCUGCAGAUAAUCCGGGGCAGUGGAGAGGCCUGAGUACAAAUUAUGAUAUCUUGAAGUAGGAGAUUAAAGGGUAUGCCUGUUUUAUUGUCCUGAGAGAAUCAGACGUUCCAAACUGGAAAAAGGCUCCCGAGUUCCUUGGUCACAUUAGUGUAACGUUAGGGGCAACGCAGCAUCUGGGAACGCCGAAGCAGAGAAUGUUGAAGAAAGCUGUCGCCGCAGUGUACGUGUAUCGCUCAUUAUCUCUUAUAAAACGAAUUGUUUCCAUUUCUGCAUUUUUCUUGUUUGUUUUUUUUGUUCAAUCAUUUAUUCUGUUAUUUUUUUCAUGUCUGAAGUGUUGUCGUUGGUGUGUAGGAGCAGAUGUUUAGAUGGAGGAUGGGAGGCACUCGGAUAAACUGAACGCAAAUCACAAGUGUAAUGUAAAA